AUGGAACAAGAGUUCGAUGAACACGAUUCUGAUUCAUCCUCAGAGGAGAUAAGACACACUGUUGAAGUAAGUAAGGAAUUGGGGUUCGACAUUGAGGUUGAUAACCCUAUCCUCAAAGAAGUAAUGGGCGGUGAAGACGUGGCUGGUUGUUGGGAUUCACUGGAGUUUUCAUGGUCUGCGGUUGAGGCUACUGGUAGAUCUGGAGGCAUACUAAGUAUUUGGGAUAAUAAUGUAUUCAAUGUUAUGGAGGUUAUAAGGUCUAGGUAUUAUCUUAUUACCGUUGGAAGGUGGAUUGGUAUACAAGGAUUAACCAUCCUUGCUAAUAUUUACGUCCCUCAAGCACCUGUUGGAAAGCUUAAACUAUGGAAUGAUCUGAUCAAUAUUAAGAAUGAGAAACAUGGUACAUGGAUAAUAUUCGGAGACUUUAAUGUGGCCAGAAGGCCAAAGGAAAGAAUCAAUUCACAAUUUUGCUCCUCCAGCUCCAGUGCAUUCAAUCGUUUUAUCGCUGAGGCCGGUUUACAUGACCUUAGGAUGGGAGGUCAUCGCUUCACGUUGUUUUGCGGGGACGACUUGAAACUUAGUAAAUUGGAUAGAUAUUUAGUCUGUUCGAAUUUUAUGAAUCAAUUUCCGAUUGCUUCUGUUACUGCCCUCCCUAGGGACUUAUCAGACCAUUGUCUUGUUCUCCUUUCCACUGCAGUCUCAGACUUCGGGCCUCCCCCAUUUAGGUUCUUCAGUUCAUGGAUGUUGCGUGAAGGUUUUGACGGGGUGGUUACAUCUGCUUGGAUAAAUUUUGUUGGGUAUGGUACUCCGGAUAUGAUUCUUGUUGUAAAGCUCCGAUAUCUUAAGAAGGAAAUUAAAAAAAUGGCGUGCAAUCAACCACCCACAAGAAACGGUUGA